AUGUUUCGUUUGGUUGUAAGUUACCAUUCGGAGAUCGUUUUAUUGCUUUUAGAACAAGCAGCUUUUGAAGUCGCUGAAUGGAGCGUUGAGAGCUGGAGCUGUUUCAUCCUCUCCAAGAUUCCUUUCUACUUCAACGGCUUUGAAACAUGGUGUACUUGGCCCACGAUCGGAUGUCCCUAACUUCUCUGUAAGUUGCGUCACGGUUUUGGGUCUUUUAGAAUGAGUUUUAUAUUGGACUUGGUAUCUGAUGUCGCAUGUGUAAUAAGAGAUGUCUAGACAAUUUUUUUUGAGUAUUGUUUUUAAUAAAGUUUCUUUAGGGUACUGCCGUGGUCGACGGAGAAUUCAAACAGAUUUCUUACACCGACUACGCCGGAAAAUGGCUUUUGAUUUUCUUCUACCCAUUAGAUUUCACUUUCGUUUGCCCAACCGAAAUCAUUGCCUUCAGCGAUCGUGUUGAUGAGUUCAAGAAGCUCGGAUGCGAAGUUGUCGCCUGCUCCUGCGAUUCGCAAUUCUCUCACUUGGCUUGGGUGAAACAACCCCGCAAUGAAGGAGGUCUUGGAGACAUGAAGGUAGGUCUUGAUGAAUAAGAUUGUUAUUAUUUAGAUUCCAAUCCUUUCCGACUUUACCAAGAAGACAACCAAGUCGUUUGGAAUUUUGGAGCCAGAUUUGGGAGUUUCCUUCCGAGGACUGUUCAUUGUGGACCCCAAUGGAAAGAUCCGCCAUUCGUUGGUUAACGAUUUGCCCGUUGGACGAAGUGUGGAUGAGGCUUUGAGGACUUUGAAGGCUUUCCAAUUUUUUGAAAAGCAUGGAGAAGGUAUGAACCGUUAUAAUUUUGAUUUUCUUCAUAAUUGGAAAUAAGAUGAGACUAAGUUUGUAUUAUAAAUGCCACCUCAUUUUAGUAUGCCCUGCUGGGUGGGAAGAAGGCGGCGAAACCAUCAACACAGCCUCACCAAAGGAGUACUUCAGCAAAAUCAACAAGUAA